ACGAGAAAAGGAAAAGGCACAAAGGUUUCAAAUUCAACUUUUUCAUUUUGGAUUAAACUCUAUUCAAAGAUAUUUUUAUUUCACGGAUUGUUUAUCUUUCAUAUUCGUUCGCAAUGAGCAAUAUUAAGGGUCUCGAGCUGCCCGUUCUUGUGAAUGAUUCUGAUAUGGAAAAGUUUCCCGAGUUUAGAAGUCUGUUGGGAAACUUAACGCAAUACAUUUGUGAGGAUGGUUCAAGGAAAACAGUUAAGCAAAAUUUUACCGAUAUUAAAAACUCUUUGGAACAAGAAAAAUUGCAUUAUCUUCAAACAAGAGUGGUGUAUGAUGAAAUAAAAGAGAUUCUUGUUAAUGAUGAAACCACCAGACUUGGAAAGCAUUCAAAUAGCAUGUCAAAAAAGGCUCUAAAGAUAAUGAAAGAUGCAACUGUAGCGGCAGAGUCUGUGGACUAUUUGGAUUUUAAUCCUGAUGAAAUUAACUCAGAUGCAUCUCUUUUUGGUUUGAAAAUUGAAGAUUUAUUGCAUAACUAUACACAAAGGAUGUAUUCGUGUCAUCGAGAAAUUGUUGAAUUAGUGGAGAAUAACUUGAAAAAGAAGUGCGAACAAAUGGCUGAGUACUAUCAUGCUUCCAACUCAAAAGAAAGUAUUUCAAAGUUUGCUUUUGCCAAAGCAACGCAACUUCCUGCAUUGAUUGAGAAUGAGAUGUCGACCAUAUUACAAGGAAAGGAGCAAUGUUGGAGAGAAAAGAUAACAAGGAGUGAACAGAAUGUACAUUAUUACGAGGUGCUAGUUAGUUCUCUGGAUCUUUGUGAAAAGCUUAUCACUGAAUAUAAACUUGAAUGGCAAAAGAAAUGUGAUGUUAUCACAUGUGAUUGGCUGGUUGCUAAAUGCCAAGCCUUGUGUUUGAAAAUAAGAGUAUUACAAAAUCAAUUGCUUUGCGAUACGUACACAUCAGAAUCCGUUCCUGCCCUGGAGAGGAUACGGAACAGUCUGAAGAUGAAAGAAAGUGAAAUAAAGAAUGAAUUACAUCAUGUUCUACAGUCGCUGACUGCAUAUAAAUCGUUAGGAAUGGGAUUUGAUGACCUAGUUCAACGUUAUGGUGAUAUGCUUGCUGAGAUUGAUAACAAAAAAUGGGCUUUAACUGAGCUUAGACAAUCUGCCAGUAAACACUGAAAUUUUUUGACGUAAUGGGCUUUAACUAAACUUAAACAAUCCGGUUGCUAACACUAAAAUUUUUGGACGUAAUGGGCUUUAACUGAACUUAAACAGUCCGCUAGUAAACACUAAAAUUUUUGGACGUAAUGGGCUUUAACUGAACUUAAACAGUCCGCUAGUAAACACUAAAAUUUUUGGACGUAAUGGGCUUUAACUGAACUUAAACUGUCCGCUAGUAAACACUAAAAUUUUUGGACGUAAUGGGCUUUAACUAAACUUAAACAGUCCGCUAGUAAACACUAAAAUUUUUUGACGUAAAGGGCUUUAACCGAACUUAGGCAGUCCGCUAGCAAACACUAAAAUUUUUUGACGUUCAGUGUCCUGUUUGUUCAAACCGUCUCCUCUUACAACUACAUUAUAUUUGUAUAUUUAUUUAGGCGUGGGGUAAAGUGAAAUUUACUUUUUUUAUUGGUAUGUUUUAUGUCCAAGUAAACAAUCAUUUUUUCAUUGUGAUAACUGCAGGCCAGUUUAUUGAGACUUUAUGGUUGUAAACUUACGUCGACGUUGAAAAAAUUAAUACUAAUGUAUUUUUUCUCCUUGAUGAUAGAUUGCUAGUGUCUAGGAUAUACAAAAGUUUCUUCAUCUUAUAUUCUAGAUUUUAAUAACCUGCUUUAGCCAUCUGCUUAACGGAUUACAUUGUGUUAGCCAAGCUGCCCUCUCGGCUGACAUUGCAUGUAAAGUAUAAAAGAUAAUGCAGAUUGCUAGGAAAUAUAGAUCCUAUAGGAUGGUCUUUGGCAAAAAAGCCAAAACACAAAGUAUAGGCUGGCAAAAUGAUUGUUUACAGACACUGUAUACUAACCAUGCAUGAUUAUGUAAUACCUUCGCACAUUUUGUAUGCAUGAUAAGUUUCAAUGAUUUAAAUAUUUUCAGGCUGUAAGGACAGACAGAAUAAUAAAACUCAUAACAGUCGUUCUGUAAUGAUGUUCUUUGUAAAAA